AUGUUCGCGGGGACGAAGAGUGUUCCCAUCGCCGUGACGGCUCUCGUGUCCAUGGGCCAAGUGUCCGGCCAGUGUAUCAGUGCACCGUACGUGGCCUGGUACCCGUGUGGAACGCCUUCCACUUUUGUUCCAUCAUCGUGUGAUCGAGCUCGUCUAUUUUUCCACAUUCAUCGGGAGAUCGGCUGCGUGUCGUCGAACCCUAUCGUGACAGCCGAUUUCACGGGGCCUAUCGCGAGCUGGGGAUAUACCACGGGCAGCGACGGCUAUUUAGAUGCGGACCUAUCCGAUGAUCAAUUGAGUCUCACCUUCGACAUUGGCGAGGCUGAUCUAGAUCCUAUUUACGUCGAAUCAGAGGAUUACUAUUACUGGCAUUUUGCCCUUUAUCUUUACAACUGCGACACCUCCUACACCUGGAGCGACAACUUCGUCCAGCUGUCCUAUGUCGACGACGAGCAGAACGCCAUCGACCUGUCCGUCUUCGAAGAUCCUGACAUCGACGAACCGGACACCGGGAUAUGUCGCACGCUUGAUACCUACCCUCCCACUCCCGGCCCAUUGUGGAGCCCACAACCUCCCACGCCCCACCCCACUGUUGGAGAUGAAGCGCCUCCUACUCCCAGCCCGUCUACUAGCCCUCCGGUGGAAGGCUCCUCUGUGGCACUUGGGUGCUACGAGGACGACCGCGAAGACCGUAUCAUGGACGACCUCGCUCUUUCCGACUACUCGAUGACAACCGAGCUAUGCGAGCAAACAUGCGUCGGAAACACCUACUUUGCCACUCAGUACGGGAGAGAGUGCUGGUGCGGUUCGGCUGGUGCGGAUUACGCUUCGCACGGGGAGUCCGCCGACUGCACCUACGCCUGCGCAGGGGAUGCUGACGAAACGUGCGGCGGGUUCGACGCCGCCAACGUCUACCUUUACACGGGCGAGAGCACCCCUAGCCCCACUCCUAGCCCCACGGCAGACGAAUCUGGUCCUCUUUCCCUUGGGUGCUACGAGGACGACCGCGAAAACCGUAUCAUGGACGAUCUCGCUCUUUCCGACUUCUCGAUGACAACCGAGCUGUGCGAGCAAACAUGCCUCGGCAACACCUUCUUCGCCACUCAGUACGGGCGGGAGUGCUGGUGCGGUUCAGCUGGUGCGGACUACACGUUGCACGGGGAGUCCACCGACUGCACGUACGCCUGUGCAGGGGACGCUGACCAAACGUGCGGCGGGUUCGAUGCCGCCAACGUCUACCUUUACACGGGUGACGACGCGCUUUCGACAUCAACGUUCGUGGGAUGCUACCAAGACGAAUCGGACGCACGCAUCAUGGAACUCGCGUUGACGGACAGUUCUUCUAUGACCAAGGAGAUGUGCGAGGCCGAGUGCACCGGAAGCACGUACUUCGGCAUGCAGUACGGGAGGGAGUGCUUCUGCGGUGGGAGUUCAACCGACCUCUUGCAGCACGGGGAGUCAACUGCCUGCGACUACGAGUGCCCGGGGGACUCAGAUGAAUUGUGCGGAGGAUUCUAUGCAAUGAGCGUGUACUCCUACUCGUAGUACCAUCGUCACGUGUACAUUGUGAAACCUCCUGGCGUGGCGUCAGAAUUGGUGAUGCAGUGUAUUCCAACUACCGCAAUUCGCAGACUUUGGUAAUCUUCCAUGACAGCAUGGGGGAGAUGGCCAAAAAAGUCGUGGACGCAUCAAUUGAUCUGUUUUCACGGUACGAAAGGUCUAAUUCGGCAUGGGUGGUGCAGCCACCUAAAAGUUUAUCUCUAAUGCAUAGCCUAUGUCAAUGUUUGGGUUCGCUGUCGAGGACGGCACGUUGUCUGUGUGUGAAUGUUCAUGAGGUAGCCCGCGAGUUAGGAACGGGGACUAAGUUGCACGGAGGUACUGGGAGGUCGUUCACAGCAGCGCGAGUGGAAAAACAACAUGUGGGAAUACCAAUGCUUGUGCGUCCAAUCAGGGGGAGGGGGUGGUGUGCAUAUUGACAGAAUAAUGUUCCCGAGAUUCAGCUCAUGCGUAGAUAAUAACGAGAGACCCGUUCCGGACCAAUCCCGAUUGCAAAGGGGACGACGGGAUUGUCUUGUACGUUCUACCGUUGUUCCCUCGUGUGAGCUUUGAUAGUGCCAGAGGAAUAGCGGUAGCCGUUAGCCAACCUCUUUUCCGCGUGGCAGUAGAAUCAACAGCAGGGUCGCGUUUUCGCAUGACUGAAUACCUUCACACGCGAUAGGUUUGUGUUUGUUUGGCGAGUUCCCUUGUCCUCGGUUGUUGAGAGACGAAAGUAGACUACCACGUUGAGAUAAACAAGUUCAUAAGAGACUUGAAAAUACUCGCCGGCUUGCCCCCUCAGACGGUAAAAGUAGUGCACUGACCUCAAUGUAGCAUGGUGUUGUUCGGGGUAAGGCGACUACGGGGGCGGGUGGGGAAGGGGCAUAAAGUUGUCAACGUAACCGAAAGAUAUGGCCACCGAGGUCUGUAACUACCUAUAUUAUUCGUGUUUGUGUUCGUACUAUCUAUGUGGUCCGUGUUAUGUAUCCGUCCGGACUCCCUAGUCUUGUAGGCGGGAGAC